UAACCUUGUAUUUCUCUGUCUGUCAGGUGUCUAAGGAUGACCGCAGUGACGUGGAGAGCAGCUCGGAGGAGGAGGCUGACACCAACAGAACCAAUGACAGGGGGGUUCAAAUGGCUUUCUCUCCUAAGGCAGAGAACGGCACCAAUGGCAUCAACGGCCACGCCGUCACCACUAAAAGCUGGCCACAGAUACGCACCAGCAGCAGGUGAUAGAGGAGCCUGCCGUCUGAUUCACACUAUAGGGCCGAGCCAGGUCAAAUAUGUCUGGCGUGGUUACACUGCGCAUCUACUAUUUGUCGGAACUGUGCUGGAAAGGACAAUAUCAGAGCCAAUACUGUUUGGGUCGGCCCUAUAGUGAGAAUUAGGCAUAUCUGUGCAGCCUUUCCACUACUAGUUCAUCCUAUCCCAGAUUACAUCUUGAAGGGCUUUUCCAGCCUCAUCCAGUUCCCUGUACGUUUUAACUUAGUUUCUUCAUUCAUCUAACUCUUAAUUAAAUUUUCUUCUUCAGAACUAACAAUGAUCGAUGACUAUGACAGCAUACGAUGGAUGAAUAGACACACUACUGUGACCCAUAGAAUCAAAACUGAUGAAAUGAAGAGAGAAAAAAAGUGCAUUCCCUGAUGUCAAGUGAAUGGGUCUGUAGAUAUUUGCGGUACCUUAUGAACAUAGAACGCUUGCUUGUAUUCCAUUUGUUUAAUGUGAUGCUGCAGUUUGCCUGAGAUUCUCUUCUGUCCGUUUUAUUGGUCAGGUGGACUUGAGUUACUACUGUGUAUUUUAAGAAGUAAUUGUUCAGUUACUUUGUUUCCGGUCAGUUCUGUUCACUGUUUCUAUCUUAUUAAUAUGAGACCAAUGUUUAUUGAAUGUUUCACAUUUUUUUAAAUGUCUUUGGUAUACAAAAGAAAAUGCAUAUGAAUUUAAAUGUGAAGAAGCCAACAGAAUCCUCUUCAGUAGAGAUCAUUCAUAGAUGUGGUGUGUAUUAGGGCUAAUAAUGUGAGUGUUGAGUACAGAGACAAAAAUAGAUGUUUAUUUGUGUAAGAUGUUUUUAUUCAUAUUAACGGUUGGUACAUAACCUUGAAGAUCCCACCACACAAACUAUGAUUCAGUAUGAUCCGAGCAAGUUAUGAUAAGAGACUGAUUUGACAUUUAGUUUAAGCUGGAAGGACUCGACCCAUUUUUCAGUCAACUCCAGUCCUCUGCCCCUUCUUUUAGCAGACAAAUUAUGAACUUGACAGUAAAUGAAGAGUAGAUUCUCCUUUACUCAUCUGGGCACACAAAACUUCCACACCCAAAUAGUUAUCACAUAAAAGUCCCAUGGGAGGAACAGAAAUGUCCAUGAUUUUGUGGACCAACUAUUCAGUUCCAGUCCUCUAUGGCUUGAGGACCUCCACGGCUUGGUUUUCUGCCGCUACCUGCAGCUCUUUUUGCUUGUUCAUGUAGCGGUAUCCCCGCAUGGUACACAGGUAUCCCCCGUAGAGUGUCAACAGCAUCAUCGAGGCAGAAAACCCCCGGUAUCCGAAGUCGGCGAGUCGCUUUGCGGUGGUCAACAUGAUGGUGUUCCUGAGGAAGUUAUAACCAGCAACGACAAAUUGUAGUACAACUAAGGGUAGCUACAUAGAUCUCAUUGUUUACUCGUAUUUAACAAUGUGGUUCACAGAUAACAAAAUGUCAACAUUUCAACAAAAAAAGUGUAACAUCGGAUGUUAGUCAAAUUCAGGGUAUCUGAUGUAAUUUAGCUAGGUUAGCUAGCUAUCAAGGUUAGCAAGCUUUUAUCAACACAUUGAAUAAAAAUUGUGACUUUUUUUUCCAGUUUCAAAUGACUGCUAUGUAAAUUGUAUUGUCGCUUACCUUGUAAAAUAUGACAGAUUAUUGAUACCCUUCUCAAUGUCAACACACCUGGCCUGCUAACUUCUUCCGUAACUGAAAACAACGGAGUCUUGUGAGGGUCAAAAGUCGUUCGGUUCUUGAGUAAUCAGCAGUGGGAGGAGCGGUAUAGAAGUUCUGUAGAUUUUUCCUAGGUCGGACGUAUUUUGAUGCUGCACACGUGGGAACAGCGAUGGCCACAUGUGGAGCAGAGAGUGAAGUUCUGGAUGAAAAAGAUGAUCCCGGUGCAGCACCAUACGGCAAUUUUAUAAACUAUUACACAUUUAACCCACCAGAGAACCGUUUAAGCCUCAUUCCGACCACACUUAUUCAGGAUUUGGGGUAUGGCAAGGACAGCAGUGAAACCAUAUUGAUGCUGGAUGUCGGUUGCAAUUCAGGGGACCUGACAGUGGCAUUGUACAGACACCUUCAACAGAGAGUCUUGUCUGAAGACUCUACAACACCACCCGACACUGAUCUCCAACUCCUGGGCUUCGACCUGGACGAAACCCUGAUCCUCCGGGCCCAACAGACCAACCCUUUCCCCCAGAGCAUCUCUUUCAUUCCCUUAGACAUCACUGAGGAUGCUGCUAGCCAGACCCAGCUACAGGACUACCUGAGACAACAUGGCGGCUUCCGCUUCCACCUCUCCCUGUGCCUGGCUGUUACCAUGUGGGUCCACCUGAACCACGGAGACGCUGCCCUACUGGGGCUCCUCUCCCGGCUGGCCUCCGUCAGCCAACAUCUCCUCCUGGAGGCCCAGCCCUGGAAGUGCUACCGUUCGGCUGCCCGGAGGCUGAGGAAGCUCGGGCGGUCUGACUUUGACCACUUCAAGGAGUUAAAGAUCAGAGGAGAUGUGGCAGAACAAGCCAGGGAACACUUAGAGAAACACUGUGGGAUGGCACUGAUGCAGUGUUUCGGUAGUACCAGCUGGGAUCGUAGACUGCUCCUCUUUAGGAGAAGAGAGACGGUUGACCUACAUACGGUUGACCUACAUUUAUCCCAGUAGAUAAAAUGACUGGACUUGUAGUAUAUGUUAUGAUGAUUGUCUUGAAGGAGUAAACUGAGAACAUUUGAAAAUUGUCUUCCUUGACAAUGAAGUGACAAGGUCCUAAGGAAAUAUGUAUGUGUGCAGAGAAGGAACUCCAAGUUCCUUAGCCUCCUUCACAGCCAGCUCAAGUUCUUUAAGUGCAGCGAAGGACCAGUAUGUUGAUUGAACACUAGGAGGCAAUAAUACUCUGUUACUACUUGUAUUACCACCAUACCUAGUCUAUACUUUCAGCUAUGCAUUUAACUGAUCUUACUCGAUUUUCAUCUUAAUAGCGUAUAUGUUCUGGCAAACAAUUAUGAAUGAACUGUGUGUGUAUGAGAAAUGAAUUUAAUAUUUUACUUUUGGGGAUGGUUAAAAAUAAGAAUGAAUAAAGCCCAUGAAUUUA